GGUUCGCAUCGUGGGCACGGACGUGACAUGAGGGGUGCUUUAUCUUGCUUGUGAUGUGGGGUUUCCAGAAGGCCGUCUCUUGAACAGAGGCAGAGCGGAAUUCCCUUAUUAAUAGCGAGUACAUACGAGCGAGGAGGACGUAUUUUAUUUUUCUUCUUUUCCUCCGCCAGAGCAGAAGAAAGCGAAGUACCUCAUCUCACAAUUCCCGCGAACAUGACGGUUCCAAAUAUCGCACAUCAUGGCGGCAGCGGUCGAGCUGCUCACGAAGCCCCGAAUGGAGGAGUGUCGAACGGCGACGGCGAAGACGUGUACGACCUGAUAUGCGUCGGCUUCGGCCCGGCCUCACUAGCGAUAGCGGUGGCCCUGUAUGAUCGGGAGCUGCCCGUACGGGUCCUCUUCCUCGAGCGGCAGCCGUUGUUCGCAUGGCACAGCGGAAUGCUCCUCCCGGGCACGCGGAUGCAGAUCUCGUUCAUGAAGGACCUCGCCACUCUGCGGAAUCCCCGGUCGGAGUUUACAUUCCUCAACUACCUCCACCGCAAGAAGCGCCUGGUGAGCUUUACCAACCUGGGCACCUUCCUCCCGCUACGCGAGGAGUACAACGACUACAUGUCCUGGGCGGCCAGCCACUUCACCGACUGCGUCCGCUACAGCACCGACGUGCUCUCUGUCUCCGCGGUCGCCUCCCCCGGGCCCGUGCGGUCCUGGUCUAUCCUGACCACGCACCUCACCACCGGCCUUCCGCACACCUUCCGCACACGCAACGUUGUACUCGCCGUCGGCGGCCGCCCCAAAUACCCCAGCACCAUCGCGCCCUCCCUCCCGCACCCGCGCCUCCUGCACUCAUCGCACUACUCCACCACGAUCCGCACGCUCCUCCCGUCGCCAGACGGGCAGUACCGCGUCGCCGUCGUUGGCGGGGGCCAAUCCGCGGCCGAGAUCUUCCACGACCUGCAGACGCGGUACCCCAGCGCGCGGACAUCCCUCUUCAUCCGGGCGCACGCUUUGAAGCCCAGCGACGACUCCCCCUUCGUCAACGAGAUAUUCGACCCGGAGCGGGUAGACACGGUAUUCUCGCUGGCGCCGGAGGCGCGCAAGAAGGCGCUCGCAGAGGAUAAGGCGACGAACUACUCUGUCGUUCGCCCUGCCCUGCUCGACGAGAUGUAUUCCCACCAGUACGCGCAGCGCCUGCGCGAGAGCGACGAGCGGAUGUGGGCGCAUCGCAUACAUCCGCUAAGGGAGGUCGUGGGGGUCGAGAACGUGUCGGACGCGGACGGGGAUGGGGAGGGGGAGGGGGUCGUACUAAAGCUUAGGAAUACGCGCACCGGAGAGUGCAGUAACUCCGAGGACGCAUACGAUGCCGUCAUCUUUGGGACGGGGUAUGAGAGGGAGACGCAUCUGACUAUGCUGAAGCCUGUGAAGGCCAUCAUGAAAGAUGGGCAGUGCAGUGUGGACCGUCAAUACCGCGUGGUGUUUAGGGAGGGCGCUGUGGCAAAGGACGCAUGCGUGUUCCUGCAGGGGUGCUGCGAGGAGAGUCAUGGUUUGAGCGAUAGUCUCCUCUCGAUUCUGGCGGUCAGAGCUGGCGAGCUGGUUGAUUGUGUUUUUGGGGCGGAGGGAGAGCCAACGAAUGGUACCCAGAGACAGGCGAAGCGGAGGAGGUGAUGGGCCGGCCAGCCAGGAAGAUGCGGGACGUGAUGGGAAAGUUAUAUUGUAUUCCGAGAGUAGAGGUAUUGGGUUGUCGCUGGAGUUUUGUGCUUU